GGAAAUGAACGAACUCUGUAUUUGUUUACGUUUACUGAUGCUUCGGUAGAAUUAGUUGACAGAUUCAGCAAAACUGUAUCCUCCAAAAGAUAAUGCAGAUAUAUGAGUAUAAGAUUCUCAAGAAUUAAAAGGAAAGCCUUUAAAAUUUUCAAAAGAACUAGAGAAAUAAUGGCUAGGCAAAUAUCUGGUGUUAAUAGUCGGGCUAAUGCCCAAUUCAAAGAAAAUAAAAGUAGUGGAAACAGGAGUGGCCGUUCUAAAAAAACUGUGUAUGUAAAACGUUCAGUGGAAACAAAGAGUCCAUUUCUAGAUAAAUGGAACAACAAGGUUGCAAUAUUUGUGGCUUUUAAUAUUGUGGUUGUGAUUCUAAGUAUAGUAUAUUUUUUCUACCAACAUCAUUUGGAAAACCUUGUGAUAACUCCUCUUAAUCUUCCAAAAGUUAUAACAAAGAGGGGAUUAGAUGUACCAACCCGGUACUGGGGCACAUACAGGCCAGGCAGCUAUUUUGGUAUGCGGACACGUAGUCCUCAAGGUUUAUCUACUGGAAUUAUGUGGUUUUCACAAAAAGUUGUUAAUAACAGGAUAGAUAUUAGGCAUUGGUGUGACCAGUGGGACGAUGUUAAUCAUUACACUUGGCUUGAACAUGAUGGUGAAAACUUUGGAAUACAGAAAAUCGAUGACAAGGAAUAUUAUCUUGUGACAUCAUUUGUGAAGCAAGUUGGAGGUGAUCAUGGAGGGGAUUUUACUGCAAAGAUUUCUGUUAGACCUAAAGAAUUCAGUCCAUCUCCAGGCCCCGUUUCUUUGAUGUUUUACGUGUAUGCUACAGGUGACGCAGAAUUCGAUCCAAACGUUGUAAAUGAAGGCCAUCUUCGAUCUAUAGAUGGUUAUGCUGAAUCUGUCGGAAAUUUUUCGUUCUAUUUCAAAGAAAUAGAAACCAGCAAGAGCAUUUUGAAAUACAAUUACCUUACGGCCGACACGCCAUCUUUAGCCCAUUUGAAAGAAACUGUUAUGCGCCACCAUGCUCUUUUCCAAGCGAAAGAGAAAUCACAGCUUCAAAUUCUAGGUCUCAUAGGCGAAGCUGCUGCCUACACUAAGAAGACAGAACAUAAAUAUAAAACCAAUUUUGUUGUAUACCAAGUAACUUUCAUACCUCCUUUUGAGUUAGAGGUCUACUUCGAAUCUGGAAGUUUCCGUAAUAGGCAGACAAAAUUUCUUGGCAAUGCAUACAAUAAUGAAUUAGACAAUUUAAUGAAAAAUUUCGAAAAUAAAUUUGAAUCCAUUUUUAAACUCCGAGCGAAAGGUUAUCAUCCGUUAGAUAUAAAACCAGCUUAUGCCGCGUUGAGUAAUAUGCUUGGUGGAAUCGGAUAUUUUUAUGGUUCUUCAUUAGUGCAAUCUGUUCAUAAUAAAGAACCUGUCAGUUAUUGGAAUGCUCCUCUGUAUACAGCUGUUCCUUCACGUUCAUUUUUUCCUCGCGGCUUCUUGUGGGAUGAAGGUUUUCAUAAUCUUUUGAUUUUAGAAUGGAACCCUGAAAUCACCAAAGAAAUCAUUGGUCAUUGGUUAGAUUUGAUGAACAUAGAAGGAUGGAUUCCCCGAGAACAGAUUUUAGAUGCGGAAGCUAGGGAGCGUGUCCCUGCCGAGUUUAUUGUUCAGAAAAAUACGAAUGCUAAUCCUCCUACAUUCUUUUUAACUUUAGAGAGGUUUUUAUUCAAAAUGAAAAACGGAUCAUUUCCAAAGGACAUUGUAUUUUUCAGAAACAUUUUGCCCCGCCUUAAAGUUUGGUUUGAUUGGUUUAACAGAACUCAAACGGGAAUGAUUCCAGGAACUUACAGAUGGAGGGGACGUGAUCCACAAACAGAUUUAGAGCUUAAUCCUAAAACAUUGAGCUCAGGAUUAGAUGACUAUCCUCGAGCUACUCAUCCCACUAUUGAUGAAAGACAUCUUGAUUUGCGAUGCUGGGUUGGUUUUGCAGCUGGUGUUCUUGCUGAUAUUGGCGAUUACAUCGGAGAGCCCUUGGAAAAACACAGAGAAACGAAUCGUUACUUAACUAAUAAUACUCUUCUUGAUAAAUUGCAUUGGUCUCAAACAUCUGAAUCAUAUAGUGAUUACGGUUUCCAUUCAAAAAGUGUGAGACUGACUAAAGAAAAACUACCAUAUGUUGCUGGUAACCACAAUACUCCCCAAACUAUCACAUACAGAGUGGUAAGCGAAGACCCUACUCUACAGUUUGUGGAUAAUUUUGGAUAUAUCAGUCUUUUUCCAUUUAUACUAAAAAUGGUAGAUGCAGAAAGUCCAAAGUUAAAUAAAAUUUUGAGUGACAUAAGAAAUCCUAAUCUCUUAUGGACUGACUAUGGUCUGAGAUCUCUUGCAAAGACUUCACCAUAUUAUUUGAAAUAUAAUACGGAACACGAUCCUCCAUAUUGGAGAGGCUCAAUAUGGAUAAAUAUUAAUUUUCUUGCAACUCGUGCUCUUCAUUACUACAGUCAAAUUGAAGGUCCAUACAAGAGCCAAGCUAAAAAAUUGUACGAAGAACUGCGUCAUAAUGUUGUGAGUAAUGUUUUAAAGGAAUACAAGCGAACAGGCUUUAUUUGGGAACAAUAUGACGACUCGACUGGCCAUGGGAAAGGUGUGCAUCCUUUUACUGGUUGGUCAGCAUUGGUUCUUUUGAUGAUGGGAGAACUGUAUUGAUUUUUGCAAUAACUAUUUCCUUGUAUUGUAAAAUAUUUUAAAUGUUCAUAAAAUUAAUAUCAUGACGUAUUAUUGUUUAAUGAAAGUGAAUAUGAACGUCUUGAAUGUUUUUCAAUGUUAAUAAAUAAAUUUGUGUUCAGAACUUUU